UAGUACACCCUCCCACCCUCCAAGCAACUGCAAAAUGGUGAUGCCGAGAAUGAUGCAAAACGUAGUAAUCCUUAUAGUUUUCAUUUUAUGGACAUUACUUCUUGUUUCUGUUGACAUACCAUUGGCUUGGCGACGUAUUAAAAGUAGAUAUGGAUUUUUAAAGGCCAAGUAUAGAUGUCAGCAAGGUGUCACUGAAUUGCACCCAGAGUAUUAUACACAUGUUGUUCCAAAGAAUUCCCAUCGGAAAGACAAUGUGUUCCCUUGCUUCAAAGGGGUAUUCAAUGAUACCCUCAUUGUUGUGACAUACAACAGUCCUUAUUAUGAAAAUAUUGAAGUCAUAAACAAAUUAUACAAUAAGGUUUUUGGAAAAGUUGUGCACUGUGGUGGUGAAGCAACCAAGGCAGAUAAAUAUUCUCCAGACAUAGUAACUGACGUAUGUGGUGGCCAUUGUGGAUAUGUGUGCAUGGCACGUGCAAUGGAAAAAUAUCGUGGUUACAAAGGAUAUCUUUAUGUAAAUGACGACAUGGUUGUGAAUUGGUGGCGGCUAUUAGACUUUGAUAGAAAAAAGGUCUGGCAAGGUCCAGAAAUUAUUAACUUUGAACAAGGUGCGUAUGAAGAAAUCAAGAACAAAGAAUGGAUGUGGUGGGAAUAUCCAGUUGGUCUCGCAGCGUGUCGGGAGUCGUACCAAGCUCUUUCCUUGGCUGCAAAGGAAGACGAAUCUUUAAAUCGAGCUUUGGAUAUUUACAUAAAAAAUGGCAAAGGAAAGCCAAGAUGUGGAAAAGGCUGGUCUGAUUUUUUCUAUGUUCCCGGCCAUUUGGCAGACACCUGUCGAAAGCUUCUCGAUACUUAUGAGAAGCAUAAGUUGUUCUUGGAAAUCUCUGUCAUUAACGUACUUCAUAGCUUGGACUUUGCAGAAAAUUUUGAAGUAGUUAAAGGGAUUUUCCUCCCUGAUCUUUGGCUCGUUGACCCCGCUAACGGCAGAGAGUUCUGGGGUGUAUACAACACAAGCAUAACUUUUAUACACCCCUUUAAGUACGGGUUUCAAGAUUUUGCAGAUAUGAACAAGGCUCUUGUCAAGAACUGGAUAUUAGAAAUAACUAAUUCAUUGACAAGCUGCUAAGCUGGCGUAGCUUUGAAAAUGUCAUUAUAAUAUCUUCCUGAUAGUAAUUAAAGCUUUCAUUAAAUUUGUGUAAUUUUAUGUUGUUGAGAUCAUUGUUCAAAUCUAUUAAUUUAAAGAUUUUGCUUUUUGUUUGUUACUUUGUUUGUUUUUGUUUUGUCAGAGGUUAAUUUGAAGCAAGAGCAAUAUCGAUGAAAAACUAUUAUAUUAUAUUAUACAAAUGGUGUA